GCACCUAAAGCUUUCGCGGAAAGUGUGUACAGUCAGUAAACGGCCAUGCCGCAGGGUGAAACGUUCUAUCGCGCUGUCUCUCAAGUGCUCUUCAUAUCACAGGCUUAUGCUCUGCUGCCCGUGAGUAAUAUACGCUCCGUCGAUGUAAACAAGAUUCGAUUCAACUGGCGGAGUCCACGCGUAAUUUACUCGGCCACCAUUUUCCUACUCAACCUGUGCGAAUUCGGUGCCGUCUUGAAUUAUGUCAGCAGCGUCGGCGUCAACUUCCACACGUCCAGCUCGCUGGCGCUCUACAUCGUGUGCCUGCUGGAGCACCUGUUCUUCUGGAGGUUGGCGUUCAACUGGCACAGCAUCAUGCGCCACUGGCACCGCGUGGAGCAGCUCUUCCUCAGCGUGCCCUAUCGCUUCUACGGCGAGUACAACAUGAAGCGACGCAUCAAUAUUGUUGUGGGUCUCGUUAUGUCAUCUGCACUGGUGGAGCACUGCCUGCUGCUGGCCAACUCCUUCCACCUGAGCAAUCUGGAGCGCACGCAAUGCAACAUUAAUGUCAGCUACCUGGAGAGCAUCUACAAGUGGGAACGACCGCAUCUCUACAGAGUACUCCCCUACCACGUCUGGCUGCUGCCGCUGCUUGAGUGGGUCAAUGAGACCAUUGCCUAUCCGCGCUCCUUCACCGACUGUUUCCUCAUGUGCAUUGGCAUCGGGCUGGCUGCGCGCUUCCACCAGCUGCACCGCCGCAUUGCUGCCGUGCACCGCAAGGUGAUGCCUGCCAUAUUCUGGACAGAGGUGCGGCAGCAUUACUUGGCCCUGAAGCGUCUAGUGCGCCUGCUGGACUCGGCUGUAGCUCCUCUCAUACUCUUGGCCUUUGGCAAUAACAUGUCAUUCAUAUGCUUUCAGUUGUUCAAUACUUUCAAAAAUAUCGGUGUGGAUCUCAUUGUCAUGGUAGCCUUCUGGUAUUCGCUAAUCUUUGCUAUUAUCCGCACGACUCUGACCAUAUUUAUCACCUCCUCAAUAAACGAUUUCGAGCAGAAAAUCAUUACCGCCCUUCGCGAUGUGCCCUCAAAGGCGUGGACCCCAGAGGUUCAGCGCUUCAGCGAACAGCUAGGCAACGAUAUGACCGCCUUAUCGGGCAAUGGAUUCUUCUAUGUGACCCGGCAACUCAUUCUGUCUAUGACCACAACGAUUAUCACUUAUGAGCUCAUGAUAUCGGAUGUCAUUAACCAGGCAACAAUAAGGCAAAAAACCGUCUACUGCUGAAAUUUAAUCAAAUUCG